AUGGCGGGUGGCCUAUUGAGGCCCAGCCUCCUCUCGGACCCUGGGGCACGCAUGUUUCGCCGGCUUCGCGCCGCUGGCCGGGAACGUAACCAGGGCCGCUCUACCGAGGAGACCCCUAGAGAUGGUCACCGCGGUGGAGCUUUUGCAGCUUGGAACGGCUAUGCCGUGACGAUAGACACACUCACAAGUCUGGCGCCAUUACUGGCUCCGACAAGCAGUUCUUGGGGUGCCACCGAAGGCAAUGCCGAUCUUAAGGACGAGCAAGCCGAUGAGGCCAUUGCCGAGUCUGAGAAGAAGGACGAGGCCGAGAAUGCCGCUGCUGAGGAGCCCGCUGAGUCCGAAGACAUGUUGUGUGACAGCUGGGACAGUGGAUAUCGGAGCUCAGUCUCUACACACGGUCCUCACGGUCGAAGGUGGGGAUGUGAGAUCUGGCUACUUAUAACUUACGGGGAUCUCUUCUGUCCUUCCUUCCCUGGGGAUGUCAGGGCAGGCGUCCCUCAACAAGACAAGAGCCCAUCAACUAUACACAAACAACCGGCUAACCUCGAUCAAACCUCGAUCAAACUGGCUGAUUGCGAUUGA